CGGCGGUGACGACCUCCCUACGAGAACAUGCCUCUCGCAAAGGAUCUCCUUCAUCCCUCUCCAGAAGAGGAGCAGAGGAAACACAAGAAAAGGCGACUGGUGCAGAGCCCCAAUUCCUACUUUAUGGAUGUGCAAUGCCCAGGACGCUAUGAAAUCACCACGGUCUUUAGCCGUGCACAAACGGUCGUCUUGUGUGUUGGCUGCUCCACUGUGCUCUGUCAGCCUAAGUGGAAAAGCAAGGCUGACAGAGGAUGCUCCUUCAGGAGGAAGCAGGACUGAAAGCCCCUGGUUCAAGAUGAGAAGAUGAGCGGGAACCUUCCCAAUAAACACAUGAAAGGGCUGUGCCUCCCCUGUAGACACCG